CCCAUUCGUCCAAUCAGGUGAGAAGCUAAGAGAAGCUCAGGAAAGAAGCCGAUGAUAUGGCAGCUUUGAGAGCGCCCAAGUAGAACUUGCUUCGUGUUAUCACAACACUUUGAGUGGAUAUCAGGGCGCGUGCUCGACAUGAUUUACUUAAUACUCGUUUCCGCGGUUUUCGGUGCAGUCGUUACGCUGAUAGUACAGUUCCUGCUAAUAUACCGGAGAAGCCCCGAGCCCGUAGGCAGGACAGUGCAGUAUGUCAAAGUAGUGCCCGGUAACGCGCUGAAGGAUUACUUUAAUAGCCAUCAUGCCGAAGCAGGCCAGCAGCAGGACAGCACGACAUGUACCGCAUCUAAGCAGCCAGAGGCCGCCUCUACGCGGCAGCAGGAGGCAGCCGUCACCGGCGGCGGCCCGAAACAACAGCCGCCACCGCCUUCCCAAAGCGAGCCCAUCGAUGCAGGAAAAGCCGAAACGUGCCAUUUCCUAAACGCUAUCUUUCUGUUCCUAUUCCGGGAGCUCAGAGACACUCCCGUCGUCAGACACUGGCUCACCAAAAAGAUUAAGGUGGAGUUUGAGGAGCUGCUGCAGACCAAGACAGCUGGUCGGCUCCUGGAGGGACUCAGUCUGAAAGAUUUCUCUCUCGGGAAUUCGCUGCCGGUUUUUAAAACCGCCAAACUCAUGAAGCCGGCGCAUCUGAACGAGGACGGGAUGCCCGAAGAGCUCAACUUCGAGGUGGACAUCGAGUACAAUGGCGGCUUCCACCUCGCCAUCGACGUCGAGCUGGUGUUCGGAAAGUCUGCGUACCUGUUCGUCAAGAUGAGGCGCGUGGUGGGCAGGCUGAGGCUGCAGUUCACGCGCGUGCCCUUCUCCCACUGGUCCUUCUCCUUCCUCGAGGAUCCACUGGUGGAUUUUGAGGUGAAGUCCCAGUUUGAAGGGAGGCCACUGCCUCAGCUCACCUCCAUCAUAGUCAACCAGCUGAAACGGGUCAUCAAGAAGAAACACACCUUACCCAACUACAAAAUCAGGUACAAGCCCUUCUUUCCUUUCCAAGUGCAGCCUCUGCAUGGUUCAGCCUGUGAUUUGGAUCUGUCAGUGCACGACAGCCGGCUGGUAGAAGGACGGCUCAAAGUCAGCCUCAUUGAGUGCAGCAGACUGUUCAUCCUGGGCUCCUAUGACAGAGAAACCUACGUCCAUUGCACCCUGGAGCUGAGCAGCCACCAGUGGAAGGAGAAGGCUCGCAGUUCCAUCAAAAAGACGGAGAUUAUCAAGGGGACAUGUGGCAGUGUGGGGAUGACGUUCAGGCACGUCACUGCCAGUGAGGGCGAUGCAGUGCAUGUUUGCAUCGAGACAGUUUUGCCCAACUCCCCAGCAGCUUUGGCAGAGCUGCAAAAGGGUGAUCGUCUCAUUGAAAUUGGAGGUGUUAAAGUGACGUCCUCGGUUCAGGUACCAAAACUGUUAAAGCAGGCCGGAGAAAAGGUGUUGGUACUUUACGAGAGACCAGUACGUCAUCAGACUCCCUCUUUGGGAAACCCGGCAGCUCUGCAGGAAGGACUUGAAGAAAUUGGUUUCAUGUCCCAGCAAGCAGGUUAUGAGGAAGAGCCAGCCCCCAUCAGCACCCUUUCUGACCUGUCUGACAGCAAAGACGUAGACUCUGAGUUUGAAGAGUUGAUUGUGGAAUCCAAGUCUAGUGGUGGCACUGCUGGGCAAAAUAGCAGUGCCACAAUUAUCAGUGAGACCAAGGAGGAUUUCUUACUUACAGUAAACCAAAGCCCCAAAAGGACUGUAGCCAACCUGGCUUCUAAGCCUCUUGGUACUAUAUCACCCAUCCUCAACCGCAAGUUAAACCUGGUGGGUCUCCAGUCACCACUAAAGCCCCAGCCCAAAGAAUCACCAAAGCCCUCCCCACAAAAGACCAGUAGUGAUUCAGGGGAGGUUCUGCAACGCCCUACUGUCCCUCCCCCACCUCCCCCUUCCCGCCCUCCAGUUCCACCACGACCGCAGAUAAGGUUGACGUCGGCAUCCUCCGAAACGAGCCUUUUGGAAAGUGUGGAUUCUGCAGCUGCUAAUGUCACCGCUGCUCCUUCCAUUACUAAGACGACCAGUGCUUCAGAAAAGUCUCCAGAAAAGGUUCAGCGCGCUGGACCCGGUGAGGACAAGUCUGCCACCGAGAAGGCAUGUGUCAAACAAACGGAGGCGAAACAGUCCAGCAAGGCAACGGACACGAGUGAGGAGGUACUUCCAUCAACUGUGACCAGCAGCAGCAGCAAGGCCGAUCAAGCAAAGGACAAAGCAUCGGAGAGCUCCUCCAGUACACGGGACAGUGUAGAGGACCACUCCCUGUGGGAAUCCACAGAAACCAUGUUUCGUAACCAAACGGCACACUGGUCCAAGGCGUCUGUGGUGUUUGAGGUAGAGAGCAACCAUAAAUACCUUAAUGUGGCCCUGUGGUGCAAAGAUCCCUUUAAACUGGGCAGUCUGAUAUGCCUGGGUCAUGUGAGCCUCCAGUUGGAGCACAUAGCUCUGGAAUGUAUGGCCACAUCUUCAGGAGAGUACCAGAGCACCUUCAGGUUGGGGGCUCCAGAGCCCAGAGCUAACGUCAGUCGCACUGCAUUACGCAGUCUCAGCACCCACAAAGGUUUCAAUGAGAAGCUGUGUUAUGGAGAUGUUACUUUAAACUUCUGUUACUUAGCUGAGGGGGAGCUGGACUAUCCAGUUGGGCUGGUGGAAAGAGAAACAGAGGGCAGUGUUCAGGAGGAGGACCUGAGGGAGAGGGAGCCCGUCCCUGCAGCGCCACGCGAGGACUUGACCUACAGCGCGCUGCAGUUGCAGGAGGUCCGUCAUAACUUCCAGGACACACAGUUCCAGAACCCCACCUGGUGUGAGUACUGCAAGAAAAAGGUUUGGACCAAGGCAGCCUCUCAGUGCAUGGUCUGCGCCUAUGUUUGCCACAAAAAGUGCCAGGAGAAGUGCCUCACUGAAAAUCCUUUUUGUGUGGCCACAGCCGAACGCCGUGGAGCUGACCUCGAAGCCAAAUCCACCAUAAACCGCGCCACCACGGGUCUAACUCGCCACAUUAUCAACACCAGCUCCCGUCUGCUUAACCUUCGCCAGGUGCCCAAGGCUCGGUUUACCGAACAGGUAGCCGACGUGGUGCCGGGAGCGGUGGAGCCCUCGCCUAAACAUACCCCCAACACAUCUGACAAUGAAAGCAGCGAUACUGAAACGUACACCAGUGGUGCCAGCCCCUCAAAGCAGCCAGCUGGAAGCGGUGGGAGCAGUAAACUGGUACGUAAGGAGGGCGGGCUGGACGACAGUGUGUUCAUAGCUGUGAAGGAGAUAGGUCGCGACCUUUACCGGGGGCUGCCCACAGACGAGCGCUCCCAGAAGUUGGAGUUGAUGCUGGACAAACUGCAACAGGAAAUUGACCAGGAGCUGGAGCACAAUAACACCCUUCUGCUGGAGGAGAGGGAAGCCACAGAUGCACGCCGCAAGGCCCUUAUCAGCACUGCCCUGGCCAAGUCAGGGGAGAGACUCCAGGCCCUCACCCUGCUCAUGAUUCACUACCGCGCAGGGAUCGAGGACUUGGAGUCGGUGGAAAGCACUUCUCCUUCAGAGCAGCGAGGCUUUAAGGGCAAAGAAGAAGGUCUGGAGGAAGAGGCGCUCCUGGGGACAGAGGUCUACGACAGCGACAUGUGCAGCCCCGUAGAUGUGCCGCUGCUGGACGACAUUACCGAAGAGCAGAUCUGUGUGGAGGCUCUGCACUAAAAUAAGACUGCAUUUAAAAUACGGGGAUGUGGGCGUCGAGCGUCACCUGUAAUUUGUGUUUGUUUCCUUUUUCAUGUCAAAAUGAAAAUAGUUUCAAGGCCGUUCCUUACAAGGACCGUACGGUAAAGCCGCUAUUGAGCUACUGAUUUCCAUGCGUGAGGUUUUUAAAGGGAAGAAUGAAAGUUGCACGUGAGUUAUCGAACGCCAGCUACACAUUGAUCCCUUUGGUUUCCUGCGACCUGAGAAUGUCACUGUAUGCAUUUAAUGCAGGUUGCUGUCUUACCUUUAUUUUGGAGAACAAUUAUGAAACAUGAAGAGCAACAAGGGUUUGUAUUGUUGGCUGAAGGAUCCUGCGAGCAGUCCUGAUUUUUCUUUUGUAAAAUGUUUGAGUUAUCACAGCGAUGGUUGGGGUUUCACUUCUGCACAUGUGUCGUUUAUAUAUUGUUUUCCUCAGUGUUUUGAUUGGUUGGUCUGUAUUCAGACAAUCUGUUUUUAUUUUAUUGUUCUUUAAAUGUCCCUGGGUGCAAGAUGAUCCCAUCGAGUUAAGAAUAUUUCUGUAAAUGUUAUAUUUCGUUGAGAACAUUCCUCCGGUGUGCACAGCGGUUCUGUGGCACGUUGUUGGUAAGUGUGAGAGAGACGAGCUCUGAAUGUGAGCCGGGAGCCUGUGUGAUGUUGAAACCGCUUUAGCACCUGUGUUUUCAAUCCACACCUGGUUUGAUCCUGAUUGUUUGCCUUUAAGUUGUUUCCAAACGAAUGUCUGUUCUUUUCCACGUUGUGUCUGUACACAGCUGUUUGGCACCACCCUCCCUCCGCCCGUCCUUUAAAAUGCUGAGCAUUAAGUCUGUUUGACUGUGUCAAAAAACAGCUAUAGCUCCCAAAGCGCCAUGAUCUUCAUUCACUGUUUACAGCUGCUGAGAACAAGAAGACAUCUGCGUGUUGGGGAAAUCUGCCCGUAACCCUGAACGCAGUCCUUGUGACAUGUCAUGUGAUGCUAUAGAAGGAGAUGUACUGUAUGAAACGCUCGAAUAGAAGAAGCCUUUUGUUGUUAAAUAGACUUCAUGUGUAAGUUAUGAGGAGCUAAAACACUGCAGUGAAUGAAGUACAAGAGCAGCAGGUGUAAAGGCAAACCUCUUCAUUGUUGUGAGUAUGAGAAUGUCUCAUCUUUGCUGACAGCAAAGAACAGAUGUUCACCUGUGACUCGCUCUGUGUCCUUGUGGCUUCUGGUUGAACGUCACUUUGUCAGUGGAGAGCAGGUGUGAAUGGGUGAAGUCAGUGAAGCUGACCUAUUCAAAAGCCACGAGUGAAGAUCUGCAUAGACGAGCCUACAAUCUGCUCUUCACACUCCGGUGUUACCGACUGAAGACUCAACAAGAUCAGAAAUGUCCCCGUCUGCUGUGGUUAAUCUGUUGCUUAUGUGCUGUGGAUAUUGACACACUGGUUGCUAUAGCUGUCUUUUGAUCUUUGUGCAAUAUUUGUUUUAUGAAGCGCUGCUGCUGCUUUUCCUCGUCCACUGAACUCAUACUCACAGCCCUCACCGUGGAAACUCCACAGUGAGUAAAAGCUCCGCCCACUGCUUUGAGCAGAUUGAGAUGGUGUGUUUUUUGUGUGUAUGUAUGACGGAUGUUGUUUUUUGAGAAAGCCUCGUGUGAUGAAGCUUUAUUGUACAUACGCUAAAUAAACAAAAUCACAUGAACUCCCAUUGGUUCAUCGUGUUGUUGCUUCUCUGCUUGAGCGCUAAAACGCUCUUUACUACCAGUUUCAUUCACACAGACGUUCAAAACGCUUUCUCUGUGCCCAAGUUAUUUCGAACCAACACUUAUUGAUUAAUGCGUCGGGAGAAACUCGGGGCUUAUUUCAGUAACGUUGAUGCAAGUCUUCACGUGAUGACCCGCACACCAUCGUUCAGCCUUUGUAGUGAACUCAGCGUCACAAAAAGCUUUAUUUUACUAUCAAGAAGUUCCACUUGGAAGGCCAAAACCAAAAGUUAGCUAUGACACUACUAGCACGGUGUAUUCAGAUUGAAUUUGGAAACGUAGUGGCUUAAAGCCAACACCAUAUUUCCCACAGAAACCAGGACCAUCUAUGGAUGGGAAAGCUGCUCAGUUGGGCCUGUUUUCAUGAGGUGCACCUAUAACGCUACAUGCAAAGACCAGUGUGAAUAUGUAUGAUGACAACGUUGUACAGUUUGACUUCUGUGCUAAAAUUGCCACACAGUAGCAAAAGUGCAUGUAUGUAUUUAUGUGCAUCAAAACCUCAGCCUUUACGUUGCUCUAAGUGCUCAGUUUCAGAUCGAUUGUUCUACUGUUGGCUCAGCGUGAGGUCAAAGAAAGGGAACAUAUAAGAGGGUGUUUUAGGAAGAGCUAAGCUACAUUUACCAAUCGGGACCAAUGGCAGUGUGAAAGGCUGUUUUAAAGCCGUUCCAUUCUCAAUAUCACUUGUCGAACUUUCCUUUCGAUUCUCAUCGAGCUCUCGUUGGCUCCACAUUGGGAGUGACCACCAUUGCCAAAAAGCAUUUGUUACUUAAUUACUCCCAGGAGCACGUCAUUUGUUACACUACUUGUUACAUUACUUUUGCAUUUCUCUGUAAAAUGACCUGAAACACAUUCUUACAUAAUUACCAGUUAACACUAUAAACCUGUAGGCUGCAGACGCACACACUAACACAAAUCCCUAUCCUAACGAGGACACACGUGUCUGUCUCAGUAUUUAGGCAUGAACACAAAGCAAAACCUGCACAGAGACUUUAAAGAUUACAACAGUGACUGUGCUUUAGAAACAGAGACUGACUACUCAUCACUGCUCUUUGUGUUGAAGUUUGGGCUGUGAAUGCUGCAGCCUGCAUUCACUUCAGUCUUGGCUAGCUUACCGUUAGCAUGCUGUCUGUGCUGAUGUCUGCAAAGAGCCAAAGUUGUGUAAUACAGUUGUUCAUGACCUUUUUUGCUGUCUGAAAGAGACGUUCCUUCACAGACAUACAGAAUAAGACUAACCUGUGAAAACACUUGACAGCAGCUUCUUAAUGUGGAAAUAUUCACAGUUCAAAGAGAAAGCUACUUUGAGCUGUGAAUAGUACAAAGCUACGCUGAAAGCGUUCAUGGAGACAGAAAUAAGGUCGCCUUCUCUACGCUGCUGUAGUUUCCUCUUAAAGUUUUUUAGAAGUUGUUCUUUGAAACCCAAGAAAGUUUUUAAGUUCCAAGUGCAAGCCUUUCAUUUACCGUAUACGAGUGGCCUGACGCCAUGUCUCAGUACCUUUGCUGUAUUCUUUGGUUGCACUAGGUUAACCCCCAAAAUAACCAACCCAUUAAUGUCUUAAACAAUUCUUUAAAACCUCUAAAAGGUUUUUCAAAUGAUCCUUUUUUUAAGUUUAGAAUUUGAGUUUAAAUGUCUUCAUUUUGCCUUUAAGUCACAUAUUUAAUUAAUUCAUUAAAAUUUUCAUUGAACUGAGUCACAAAGAUAACUUGGCAGUUUUAAGUGAUUGACAGUAAGAAACAGAGUCUGAUUAAACAUUUGCAAAUGAUGCUUGAAUGACUGGAAAACAGUCUAAUAACAAAGUGCAACGGAUUGAACCUAGUGUGAAAUUAGCAGCGAGGCUGUAGACUCGUUUCCAAUCAAAUACAUCGAUAACUUCUCAUCUCUGCUAUUUUUUUAACGCAUUAAGGAUUUUGUUUUGCUUUACCAUUGAAAAUGAUAAUCAUCACAGCAGAGACAGCACCGCUGCUAGUGUCAUUGAAUGAUGAUCUUUGAUAGCGUGUUCCCAGCUCCUCAUUGAAGGCUGUGUAGUGUACCAUUUAAGGCCAUAGCCCCGCCCCCUUCAGAAAUUGUGAAACUAAUUUGUAAAAUAGUUGCACACAGAAAUGUAAUAUUACAUAGAAAGCUCUGGUUCACCUACACUGCUGCAAGAACAAGUGUUUCAGGCUUCAGUGAAGAGGGAAAGGAGGUAUCGUGUGAGCAUCUGCAAAGUAAUUGAAGGCCAGUGUUGAGAUGGACAGCCUGAUUACAGAGUGUCUGCUCCCACAUUCCCCCGUCAUGACAACCCAUCUGCUGUCUUCAAGCGCUCGGCACGACUAAUCAACAUGAGGAUUUCUGGGACCUGUUAAAGUGCUACGUGUUAGCCACACGCAUGUUAUUUUUGUGUACAUUCUGAGGUAUCAUGUGGAUGAUAUGAAGCCUCAGCGCGACCAACAUUUGGUCUGAAUGCUCAGUGUUUUAAAUUCACCAAAGGUUAAUUGUGCAGAAAAUCCUGCCGUCCAGAUAUUUAGAGGUGUCGUCUUUACGGAGAAAACUGCUUUUGCACAGUAUACAACAUUUAAUAGAGCAUAUGGUGUUCCCACAAGUAUGAAAAACAAUCCAGUCAAAUACAUAUAAGACUGACAGAGUGACAUAUUUUCAAUAGAUUCUGACCAAAACCACAAAACGUGCACAAAAAUACCCAGAAACGACUCGUAGAUUGGUCGUUAGAGUUCAGAGAGGAGUGUUGGGCGUGUUGAUCCCAGCUCAGUCCAGCGAGGCCCCUUCUGGAUAAACAAGUCUAGAUGGUUUAUAUUAAUGGUAGUGUUUUACUCUUGCUUAAAUCUAGUACAGGUUUUCACAGUUCAGAAAGAGGA